AUGGAAAGGGACUACUACAACGCAGAUCCAAAGCUCGUUGAUCCGCUGUUGGCGAGAGUUAUUCGGGCGCUCAAGAUUCAAGGGCAUAGCGUGUUUGGCUUGACUUCCAACGCGUUGGACCCUGUUCACGCACCGCGGAUCCUUGAGACUCUGGCCAAGUACAAGAUCAGGUUCUCUGCGCCGGACGUCAGAGGCGAAUUGCCGAGAAGCGGGGCUCUAAUGGUCGAUCAUCCCGUGUCUCGAGGGAUAAUCUUCGGGGAUAAUCAGCAGGCGGUCUCGCACGACAAAGGAGAAAUCAUAGCCGAGUACGUCGGGCUCCUCCUCCACAACGCCCGCCGCGCGGUCUCAGAGCACGUGGGGGCGAAAACAGCUGGAGACGCGGCUAGAGGAGGGCUGUCGGAACCGGGAGGCGUGAAGGUCGGCGACGGCGAGAGCAGCGGCGGCAGGACAGCCCUCGCCGGCUCGCUCUCCCCCAAGCGGCCUAGAAAAUGCGUCCUGGUCGACAACACAUCCAAGAAGUGCGAGAGGGCGGCGGAGACGUUCGCGCGGCACGCGGCAGCGGCCGGAGGCGGGCUGGAGCUACACACGCUCCACUUUACCGAGGCCGAGAACAUGGUGGAUUCGCCCGAAGCACUUAGACAGCUGCGGAUAAUCCUUGCGCGGCUGAAAGAGCGAGGGCUCAUCGGCGUUGACCUUAUCGCGGAGGACAUCUUGGUGACGCCGGUAGGGGGUGUCCGUAGAGGCGCCGGUGACAAGGUGAAGGCAGCAGCGGCUACGGCAUGUGUACCAGACGGAAACCGUGGCCGUGGCGGAUGAUUGCAGCGUGCACGAGAGAACACAUGAUCGUCUGCAUGUCAGGCGUGAUGUGCUAGGAGUUUGGUUAUGGUUGCGGUGGACGUGUCCAAAACGCAAUAUUAAGUGCGAUACGGUGCAUUGGACAGGUGUCUUGCCCAUCCAUCUUCGUUUUCUUCACUAUGUCGUGUUUCCGUGUUUCUUCUGUACGAGAACUGUUGUACGAGAACUGUUGACUAAGUAAGCAAUGGAUUGGAUGGUUGGUACGCAUGUGUUGGUAUUGUGGUGUUGUUGAUCUGGUGAUUGCGGGAGCGCACAAAGUGGAUGGAAGCCUGUAGUGUGAAGAGAACAGAACUAGCUGUUGCAAUCUGGUGGCUCACCGUAAACGUAGAAAGGUGGUCAUACAGCAGCACCACAGGACAGCAGUCUCCAUGAACUGCGUUUUGGUGAAAGCUUUUUAUUGUUUCUAUCUCUUGUCGAGACUCUCUGCAGAUAGCGUUCGCCGCUCCAUCGGGGGGUAUUCUUAAGGUUGCUUCCCGUCGUACGUCGUAGGAAGCACCACCUCCGACACAACCCUGGCAGGUUACGUGUGGCUUGUCCCAUACAUUUGUGUGCGUGAAUCACCCCGCCCGAAGAUUCGGAUUGAACCGCGGGACGAAACUACGUGUCGGCGAUACGCCAGGAGCAUGGGCUUCUUGUAGUAGAGCAUCUCGGCACGUUCGUGAUGUCAGCCUGUUGGUGCAUGUGGUGUGAUGUGUUUUUUGCGUGGCGUACAAGUCCCUCACGCCUGUAUAGCAGUGUACGAUACGUUGGUGUGGAGAGGUUUGUUUGUCUUCCUGUGCCGUGUGAGUGUAUGCCUCUUCAUUUUUUUUUUUGCGUUUUGGGUUUGAAUCCCUCGCGGUCUGUAAUAUAGCACCUUUCACAACAAAUUCUGGGGUUUUGU